UCUAGAAUCCUGAACUUCGUAUUCUUCAUAAACAUCACUCGAGUGCUGUUCCUGAAGAUGUUCUCGUCAUCGGUGUCCGUCCGACAGUACAAAUACCGGACGUGGUUUAAGUCGACCUUCAUUUUGGUGCCACUGUUUGGCGUUCACUACAUGUUUCUACUGGUGUUCAACUCAUUAUCGGCCAUCUCUUACGACAUAUUCGAGAUUAUAUGGCUAUAUAUAGACUUACUAUUCUCGUCGUUUCAGUGUAGUUUCUGGUGGAGUGAUAGGGGGGACAGGGAUUACGGUUCGCAAAGUAGUCAUUCCCAUCGCAUCUCAUAA